GGAAAUAGGUGGAAAUCAAAAUCUCCUAGACCCAGAGACAUCACGCGAAAUGCUCAGGCAGCAAUGUCAGUGCUCUCCGUCCUUCAGUCUCAAAGAGGGGCAAGCCGCAUAUGCAGCUUGCCCUCCUGGUAAGACCAGAAGGUGACAAAGUCAGACCCUCAUGGAUUGAGUGGGGAACAGCAGCGCUUCGCAUGCGCCACUCAAGGACGAAUGCACGGCAACCACGAAUGGACGCACAAGGACCGACUGGGCGACCUUCCGAUACGCUUUUCCAAGCUACGGGUCAACGCAAGCAUGAUUGGUCGCCUGCUGCUUCCUCCACUCUCGAAAGCCGUAGGUCGCCUUCUUCUCACCGGAAAAUAUCAUGGUCGAUUAUCUUGGGAACCACGAUGUUCUGGACCAUCUCGGUGUUUCACAGCACAUGCGGCCGGCAAGACAGCAAACGAUGGUGCAGGAGAGACGGGAACGUGCUUGAGAAAGUCUUAUCUUAGCUCAGACGAGAAGAAAAUGUGAGCUGUCACAUACUAGGAAUUGAAACAUAGAUCCAGUGCUCAUCUUUCCAGCGACAUGCAGCCCCUGUCAAGUUAGAUACAGUGUC